AUUUUUGGCACUUUUUUAUGAAAGUUGAGUACGUGGUGAUUUGAGUAAACAAUGGUGGCUGAAGAAAAGUUGGAUGUUUCGAAAGAGAAUCAGACGCAGAAUGCCGUGACAGCGAAGGAACCCAAAGUGUAUUCCUUGGAGAUUUUGAGAAUAAUCAAGGAGGCGCAGCAACAACAUGGAUUGAGACACGGUGAUUACCAGCGGUACCGCGGUUACUGCUCAAGACGGCUCAGAAGGUUGCGGAAGGUGCUGAAGGUACCACAGGGUGACAGGCGUCACUUCAAGAGGAGAGACAUCACCCCGGUUAUGAUCAGCGAGGACAAGUUCCUGCAGGUGCCCUUGAUGAUGGCCGAACGCGCUUGGAGUUACGCGAUGCAGCUGCGUCAAGAGUCCAACACAGAGCUGAGGAAGAAGUUUCAUCUUAUAUCGAGAUUGAAGAAAGCAGCUGCGUACUCCUCACAAUUGCAAGACUUGAUAGAGAGCGUGAACUGCGACGCGCGCACCAAGCUGGAGGCACAGGCAUACGUGGCCUGGAUGAACGGCUCGCUACAGUUCGAGUUGCAGCUGUGGAAGCAGGCGAUGGAGAACCUGCAGAAGGCGCAGGUGGUCUACGGGAACCUGGCGUCCGCGUUGCCGGAAAUAGAGCAGAUCGUGUACAAGGCACGCGUCGAGGAGUUGGCGCCCAGUCUCAGGUACUGCGCCUACAACAUCGGCGAUACCAGUGCGAUGGACGAUCUUAUGCAGAUGCGCGGACAAUUGAGUGGCGAGCUGAUGGCCAGCCUCGACUCUCUGAUAGCUCAAACGCGCGAGAAGCAGGCUACCACUGAGGAAGUGACGUGGCGCGGGAAGUCCUGCGGGACCGUACCGCCGAGAGCAGCUGGCUUGAUCAUCGCAGAUUCCAAGUUGAAUCAGGCGCUGGAAAAGGCCGCUACUAAUCAGGCGAGAAUCGAUCUGCUGGAGGCGCACUUGAUUGACUGCAAGGAUGCUCUGUCGGUGGUGCGUGACCACUUCAAGAACGAAUUAAAAAACAAGGAGAACGACAAGUGGUCGGCGCCGCAGCAUCUGAUCAACUAUCUGCAGUACAUUCGGUUGUCCCGCACAUUGGAGCGUAAUCUGGCGCUGGUGAAAGCGGCGGAGGAGUCGGAGAAGGCGAAGCCGCAGGACACAGUACGCCUGUACGAGGCGGCGUUGCACAAUCUUGUCGAGAUCUCGCAGCUACAGGAUGACGCGGAAUUUUUGGAGGAGCAAGAGGCGAAGACCAAGAGUUACCGAGCGUUCAGAUGUUUCUACAUGGCCCAGUCAUUGGCGAUUCUGCACCGUUGGCGCGAAGCUAUGGCUUUGUACCAGAGAUCGCUGCAGCACCUUAAGGAUGCGCUCAAGUACGACAAGAUCCUUCCCACUGCGUUGAAGAAUGACCUGCACACUCUGGAGAGCAGCGUGGAGGCUGCGCAAUACGCCGCCCAUGCUCACAGCGUUCUCGAGGAUGGCCAGGAGGAGGAGAGCGGCACCAACAAGCUCGCCAAGAGCAAAAAACCGCUGCACGAACGUUUGCACGAGUACAGGGAGGAUCCCGCGCUUCUCACGAAGCAGCCGAACGUCUACAAAUUGCCGCCACCAAUGCAUAGCAUUCCCUGCAAGCCCCUUUUCUUCGAUCUGGCGUUCAACAUGGUCGAGUUCCCCGAUCUGUCGCACAAAAUGGGUGACCAGGCCAAGAGAGGCCAAGCUGGUCUCACCGGCUUCGUCAAGGGUCUCUGGGGUUGGGGCAAUAAGUAAACAUUCUGCACACAGCUCUCGCAUCAAUCUUUGGAUACUCUGUAUAGAGAUAGCCGUGAUAUUACUGUCGCUGCGUCUUUCCAUAGUAUAUCUGUUCGAGACAUCUUACUCAACGGUGAAAAAUGAAUUUACAAAAUAUUAUUAGGAGGGCAAAAAUAAAAUGGAAUGUUUGACG